AUGGCGCGACCGCUCGACAGGCUGUUGCUUGCUGCAGACAAACAUGUGUCCAAGCAUUCCCUCAAGAUGCCCUGGGAGCGCGGGGCGAUGAGAGCAGUGUUUUCGCAGAGCGACCUGAGUUCACUUUCCCAGUGCAGUGUGCCAGCUCCUCUGCAGACGGAGCCCUUGGAUUCCGCUUCUUUCGAGGAGGCAGCCGCCAAGGCUCACCCCCAAGAGCAUGCUUCACAGUUUGUGCAGGUCGCUUUCUCUGCCAGGAAAUUUCAGAAGCCCCAAGAAACUGAGGAGCAACAGUUGCAGUUGCUUGCAACGAGAUACGAUAUCCUCUUGAGUCAUGCAUACGAAUGCUCUUCCCUUGGCAGACUGUUGAAGGACAAGUGCGAAACAGAUCGGGUCAGUCUUGUUGCCGAAGCCCUGGGUGGCAAGGCUCUCUCGACUUUGAAAAAGCGGUUGUCCAGUCUCGCCCGCCUGGUGGGAUGGUGCUCGAACCAAGGCAUGUCGGCUUUCCCGAUUGACUCUCAGGUGUUGAUUGAGUACACCCAGCAUUUGCAGCAGAGUGGUGCCUCGCACUCUGUGUUCGGAUCUUGCAUUGAAGCGUGCAACUUCGCUAGAUUCAUCUUGGGUGUGGAUGCCACUGGUGAGCCUCAUAAGCACCCACUUGUGCAAGGGCGACUUCGCAAGGUGCGGUUCAAUCGUCCGCCUCGUGUGCAGGCGAGGGCAGUCAAAGCAAUGUUCAUCGAUUUUGCAGAGGGUGAAGGUUUCCUUGAGUGCAUCUCGACGUCGCACAAGUGUCUUUGGGCCAAAGCUUGGGUUGAGGUGUGGCGCCUGUCGGGCCACCCGGUCGCCACCGGAUCCUGCAGCCUGCCUUUGCUGCAGUCGCCUAUGCUCAAUGGGUCUUGGAGUGGUCGCCGGAUUCCGACGGGCAGGUUUGUGACCUGGAUUUCUUCGAUCCUCAAGUCUGGGGAUGAGAGCAUGGGGUUUGAUCUCAAGGGUCAUUCGUGCAAGCAUACUGCACUGUCGUGGGCAAGCAAGACAGACAUGUCCAAGGACUCCUGCACCAUCCUGGGGCACCACUCCUUGAAAGAUAGACGAUCGGUCGUGACCUACUCCAGGGACAUCCAAGCUGGGCCAUUGCGAGAGCUGUGUCAGAUGUACUGUGACAUUCGGUGUGGCAGGUAUCUCCCAGACAUGACCAGGUCCGGUCUUUAUGCAAAGGGCCCUGCAUCUGCUGACUCGGCCGAGGAGCUGCCUUGCGACAGCGUGUUCGAGACUGAGGCGGAAAGAAACUGGUACCGGCCGGCGGUCAGCCCUGGCUCAGCUUGUGACUCAGAAGCCCUUUCUUGUGCGAAUGCUUUUGCUUCCGAGCCUGGCCUCAGCGAUCAAAGGGAUGCCAGUGACGAUGACACCCCUUUCGGUCGCGCUGUGGACUCCCUAAUCCAUAGUGCAGAGCGUGCUGCGUGGGAAGAUCCGGAUGCUGCUUUCGAGGACGAUAGGUCUCAGGGGGAGGAGCCAGACUCCUCGUCGUCCAGCGAGUCUAGUUCCGAUUCAGGCUCGUCCGACAGCGAGAUAGAUGAAGUCCUGACUGCGAGUCAAGCAGACCCCCCGGUGGGGCAGAGGUAUCAUGAUCGGUGCCCUGUCUAUCAGCAGAAGAACACCAGGACUCUUCAUCUUAAGCCUGCGGGAAGCUCCAUGGAGCGUUUCAUAUGUGGCCGAGAUAUCACGGCGGCUUUCGAAGAAAGGGCCAAGGAAUGUGGGCUGACGCAAGCUGAGCUUGAUGUGCUCGUGCGUAAGGGUUUGACAUCCUUGUCGCUCCUUGCCUUCAGUGUCUCGACCCCGGGCGAAGUACCGCAGGAGGCUGAGCUCAGGUCCAUCCUUGAUCCCACGGACCCCACGACUGUGCCGUUGCGUGCACUGUCGGCGCUGCGGCGCCUCAUGUUUGAGGCUCAAACUCUGUCCAUUGCACAGCUUAAAAGCUCGAUUGAGGGUGAAGGUGAAAAGAAAGCGGAGUUGGCCCCUGCUGAGAGGACGAAUCGUAUAACCGAUCAGCGGAAAAGGCUCGUGGGGCUCAGCUUGACUGGUCCUUUGGAAAACGCUUUCAGCAAUUACACUUAUGUCGCCCAGGUCGUUGAUCAAGAUUGCCUGUCCUAUUUGGAGCCCCACAGGUUCCUAACCAGGGCCAUGGAGGUGAAUCGAGAAAAGCCAGGGAAAGAGUUGAUCUUAGAUGAGGGCUCGCGCAUGAGUAUCCGCGACAAGGCUCACAAGGAUAAGUGUGGCAUUCAGAAUGAGUUGCAGCUAUCCGAAGCCCUGUGUCGCAGGGCACUUGCUUGCGACCUUCUGCAGCUUUGCACUUUUGCCUCCAUGGACUUGUGGCACAGGCAUCUGCUUGCCAAGCUAUCGGAGCAGCCGCCUCCAUACUAUGCUAAGGUUUCGAUGGAGCAACUGCUCAGGUGCGACAAGGCGGCAUGGGUACGCAUGAGUGAGCUCUUGACUUCUCUGAAGAAAGAUGACGCGGGAAACCUGCCAAUGGAUGCUGCUCUGGACAAGCUUCAGUACGAUCCAAAAAUCAUGAUGCAUCUGGCCCCGCUUCCUGGGGCUAAGUGGAAGGGCGAUGGAAAGGGCGACAAGGGCACAAAGCGUGAUGCCGAUGGCAAGCCGAAGUUGCCUCCUCACCGACCCGGUAAAGGUGCAGGUAAGGUAAAGUGCCCUGAAGCGUUGUCCGACUCCCGCUUGAAGCACAACUGUGUUUUCCGACAUGGGGGCAUCGUUGGCCUCACAAACACUUGUCGCUCUUUUCCUCAAUCGGUUCACUGUGAUGUGAACAACGAUGAUGCUGACAAUCUUGUGCUGGGUGUCACCGACUUUUCAGGAGUGCCUCUUGAUAGUCUCAUGUUCCUCGAUGUGUUCUGUGGUUCGGGGGGCCUCUGUGCUGCUUUGCGUCAGCUGGGCAUGAAGCUGAGCGUUGGUUUGGACCGUCAUGCACAACGUGGUUGCAAAUGUCCCGUUGUCUCCCUGGACCUUACGAAGCCGGGAUCCCGAGCCAUUCUGCUCGACCUCCUUAGGCAGCCACAUGUUGUUGCGUGCCAUUUGUCUCCACCUGUGACCACCAGCUGUGUCGGUUUGGCGGGCCCUCGCCCAAGUGGCCUUCGCAAUGCAGCGCAUCCUGAGGGUCUGCCAGGUCUUCAAGGUGCUGAUCUUGAUUUGGUCAAUGGGGCUAAUGCCCUGUUUGCCAUGUGCGCAGAGGUCUGGCAUUUCUGUUGGAGUCAUGGGGUGUUCUGCUCCAUUGCUCACCCCAGCCGAUCCAUCAUGUGGCUCACUGCUUCACUUCGGUCUUGCCAGGCCUCUCCCUUCCUCUCUACUUCUUUGCAUCAGUGUAUGUUCGGCUCCUACAGACGAAAGGCUACCCGCCUUCUGCACACGGUUCCCUUCCUGCAGAAACUUGGUGUGACGUGUGACGGUGCCCACGCUCACGAGCCGUGGCGCUCUCCGGCGUGCAAUCGCGCCAAAGACGCUGGCCUCCCGCCUAUGCUGUGCAAAUCCUUUGCCCAGGCACUUGUGGAUCAACUGCUUGCAUGCGGUGCACGUGGCCCGGCGUGCUCUCUUGCCAAUGCAUCCUUGUCGCUCUCGCUGGGCGCCCGUGUGACUACAGCUGCACAACCUUCAGGUCGGAAGAUCCCUCCGCUGGUGCCUGAGUUUUCUCGCACAGUCAAAGUGUCAGGCCCAGCCGAUCAGCUGCCGUGCACCUCGAAGACCAAGCUGCUAUCGGCCUGGACAGUCCCCAAGACUGUCUUCUGCACACCUUUUCUUUCAUCGUUGCCGGCAGGUUCCAAGUGCCUCCGAGCCAGCCCUUAUGCUCCACGGGGUAUGGCGCCUACCUCGGAGCCAGCCACCUUUGCAUCCACAUCUGAGCCAACUGCCGGUGCGGAGCCCUGCUCCUCUGCUGCCGGUGCGGAGCCCUGCUCCUCUGAGGGUGUGGUGUUAAGUAGUCCUGAUCCCCUGGUUCCGCGGUGCCAGCCGGCCCCUGCCUUACCCUUGCCUGUAACCAGUGCAGCCGGUGCGACUCCCAAUGUCAAGUCGGGGCUUGAAUUGCUCUUUGGCAUACCGUGGUCACCUUCGGAGUUUGUGGAGCAGGCAUGCAAUGCGAAGCACCCGCGUUCCCUAGAUCAAGGUGUGCCAAUUGGCAUGUCGGCAUGUAUUGAUCAUCUGUGCGAGCACAGCUCGGUCAGUGUGGCUAGAGAACGCACGGCUGAACUUCGCAAAUGGAUGCUUAGGAAGAAAGAGCUUGACGAGAGCUUUGACGGACCCGAACAUUGCAAGAAGAUCCUAGCUGGGAAACCCUUGAAACUCUUUGGGGAGAUGGUCAAAGCUGCUGGGCAUGCCGAUGCAAACCUGGUACGAGAUAUACAGAACGGCUUCGACCUACUUGGUGAAAUCCCUUCCUCGUCUGUCUUGCCGAAGAAAACCACCGUGGCAUCCCUCAGCAUCGAGGACGUAAGAAUCGCCACCCCGGCGAAUCAGCGUGCGAUCUGGGAAGCCACCCGCACCUGCAGGGAUCCCGAAAUUGCUUCGGAAGUGUAUCGCCUUACCUUGGAGGAGCGGGACAAAGGGUGGCUCACUGGACCCUUCUCUCUCGCCGAUGUGCCGGAGACUGCCAUUGUUACGCGCCGCUUUGGCGUCAGGCAAGGUGUGACGACGACGGCCAACGGUGUGGCGGCAAAGAUCCGUCCGAUCGAUGACUUCACGGAAAGCUUAGCCAACUUGACGUGCACUUGUGCGGAAACAAUUGACCCGCACUCAGUGAACGUCAUUGUGGUCCUGCUCCACAUCCACUGGAGCGUGUUCUUCGACGAUUUUGUAGCAGUAUCCUCUCCGGAGGAAAAGGGCCAUCUUGAUCUUGUGUUGCGGUCGUACUUUGCCUUGAUCGGCUGGGAAACGUCUGACGAAAAAGCUAGGAAGCGUGAGCUCGUGUCCACGAUCGAGUCCAUCGUACAGCAAGGCGGAGUGCAUGCCAAAGAACUUGAGUGCUUGCGUGGCCGUCUUCAGUUCGCUGAGUCGCAAGUGUUUGGUCGGGGUGCGGCCCAGCGCAUGCGAGCUAUAUCAAAAGCAAUGAAGCUCUCGGGCUUUGUAGUUCUCGAUGAUUCCUUGACCGAGGCCCUGCUCUUCUUGAAAGAUCGAGUUUUGCACGGGGAAGCAAGGAUGAUCAGGGCUUGCGAUCGUUCCACCUACCACUUGUUCACAGACGCUUCCUACGAAGCGGAUGCGCCAGCCGGCCUAGGAGGCAUUCUUUAUAGCGAUAGGGGUUUGCUCCUUAGGUGGUACUCCGAGUCUGCCGACCCAGACGUUCUGGAGGCCAUAAACAAAGAGGGCAAGCAAGGUCUGAUCUAUGAGUUGGAAGCUUGUGCGGCAGUGCAAGGUGUGGUGCAACUUUGCAACUCUUUGAGUGACUGCAAUCUCAUUUGCUAUUGUGACAAUGAGGCCGCCCUCGCGGCCCUCAUCAAGUGUGCUUCCGAUUCCCCGGUGGUAGCAUCGCAGCUCAACAAGCUCAGCAUGCUUGAGGAUGAGAAAGGAAUCAGCAUAUGGUUUGAGAGAGUGGAGUCAUCUGCGAACCCUGCCGAUGAUCCUUCGCGAUUUGUGUUUGGCAAGCUUCCUACCAACUUCAGAGUCCGUUGGGCCCCAGGCGAAGAGCUGUUGUUCUAG